AUGCCCCGACAAAACUUGACUCCGAACGCAUGCAAUGCAUGCAAAUCAAGGAAAAUCAAGUGCGAUGGACAGCAGCCCUGCGACAAGUGCGCGUUGCGAAAAGCGGCCUGUCAAUACGAGGCGAGGGAUGCCCGCACCAAAAGCGAGCUCAAGGCGGCCCUCAACAGCCUGCUGAGCGAGCGCGAGGCGGGCCUGUCCAUCAUCUGGGACCUCGUGGGCCACGACCAGCAGCGCUGGGAGGUCAUCGCCGCCCGCCUCCAGGAGGAUGCCACCGCGGCGGGUCCCAGCACGUCCACGUCCACGAGUGUCGCCAGGGGGGAGGGGAUAGGAAGCGCGGCUCGCGCGGCUAACGCGGGUGGAGCGGGUGGAGCAGCGACCGCGGGUAGGGUAGCCGGGCCGGGUCCUGUUCUCGUGGGAAAGGGGAAGGGCAAAGCUGUGGCGACCACACUCGGGCAUCUUGGGCGAUCCGCUACCCCCGUCGCUCGCUCCUCUGGACCUUCACUUCUUUCGGGGGCCCUUCAUCGCUCGGUCCUGUUGGGGCGCCCUCCGCCGCGCGUGCUCUAG